GUGGCCACCACCUUCACCCUCGCCCAGUCUUGCUCCACCGUUACCUCCGAGAUCACCUUCUACGGCGAGCCCGACAACUCCCCCUCCGGCUGCGACAUAGCCUACGACUGCGGCCGCGGCUACACGGCCGGCGGCGACGGCUCUUACACCGACCCUCUGACCUUUGCCAGCUCGCCCGACGAGUUCACCCCGUGCCAGGUGGUCUACGUGCCAUACCUGAAAAAGUACCUCCGCAUGGAGGACCAGUGCGAGCAGUGCAUCGAUGACUGGCCGGGCAAGUACCACAUUGACAUCUGGACGAGCCCCAACAAUGACUGUGUCAAUGGUGGCACCGACCAGAUCAACUGCGAGGACGACCUCACGCCCUCGGCGGAGCAGGAGGUGGUUGUUGACCCGCCU